AGGCAGCAGCUCGACACGUUCAGACAGCCAGUGUGGGAGAGAACGUUGCUGCCGUACUUCUSUGUGUGAGAGUGUGUGUGUAUAAUACUGUAUAUGUGCAUGACUGUGUGUGUGAGAUAGUGGUUUAAGCAGCCUCUUAGGAUGAGCGGCAGAGGGAGACAGACGGUGCUGUGAUUGAGAGUUGGUAACAUCGCCUCUCUUUGCCGCCUCACCCUGUCCUCAGCCCAUCCUGCCCUUCUCUCCCUUUCCUCUGGCUCUGAUCUACAACACCGCUGGGAUGUCUUCUUCUCCAGGAUCCAUGGAUGGAAGACAGAGGAAUAACUCGGAUAAGGUGCCACCCCAGGUGAACAAGGCGGAGCCUGCCCAGGUUAAGUUAAAGGAGGUGGAUCCUCCCCAGGUGAAGCCAAAGGAGGUGGAGUCUAGCCAGUUUAAGCUGAAGGAGGUGGAGCCUGCCCUGGUGAAUCUGAAGGAGAGGCAGAAGUUCUUUGAAGAGGCAUUCCAGCAAGACAUGGAUCAGUACCUGUCCACCGGCUACCUGCAGAUCGCUGAGAGGAGAGGGCCAAUAGGCAGCUUUUCAUCCAUGGAGGUGAACGUAGACAUGCUGGAGCAGAUGGACCUGAUGAAUAUGGCCGACCAUGAGAGCCUUGACGUCUUCCUCCUCUCUGGGGGAGAGGACAACAGCGUUGCCUCGCCCAUGCUGGGUCCAGACGUGGAGUCAAUAACCACAGAGAUCACACUGCAGGUUCCCACCCAGGCUGAGCUAAGACACAAGCUUUCCUCCCUCUCCUCCACUGACAGCCAGGACACUAAGGCCAGGGAGGAUGAAGGGGGUAGGGAGGACCGCAUCCACUGUCCUGUCGGGGUGCAAUCAUACGAGAUAGAGGUUCCCCCCAACACAGGCCUAGCAGAAAGGCCACUGCCCCCACCCAGAAACCAGACACUUAAACACUGAGGACAGCAGCUCACAGGUCACGUAAGGGCCAGGGUAGAAGCGAAGACACUGAACGGCCCAAACCCCUGCGAGGACUGGUUGCUAUGCACUGGAUGCAUGGAAGAGAUGCAUCAUUUGUUCACUGUAUUUUCAUCCGUUUUGUAAAGAAAUAAUUCCAUGUUGAACAUUGUGUGGUUACAGUAUUAUCCCCCCCCCCCCAAAUCUCUUGAAUUGGUAAUAAA